CUUCUUUCCUUGAGCAGUCGCUUCUUGUCCGGCACCAGCAGCGCGACCUCGGCCAACAUGGUGCUGCUCUCAAACCUAGUCAUAGCCUCUCUGGGCUCCAGUUAUGCCUCCGGCCCAGGGAUUGCUCCUCAAUUAGAACCCACCGACGCGCAGCGUUCGGGAAACAACUACGCACACCUCCUCGCACAGAAGCUGACGGGGUCGAUGUUGACGGACUUGAGCGUCAGCGGCGCGACCCUCACCAACAUGCUCAACUCAUCGCAAACAAGUGGCUCCACAACGUUUCCACCCCAGAUCGAAGGCGUGCCUGCGGACUCGGAUUUGAUACUCGUGCUUGGUGGCGGAAACGACAUCAACUACGUAGGUGGUCUGGACAACGACUCAAACUCGACAGUCGACGUAGACAGCCUGGCCGCUAAAUACGGCACCGUGCUUGACGCGCUGCAUGCAAAGGCCGCAGACGCCCACAUCAUGGUCGUUACCUAUCUCACAGUGCUCGGCGCAGACGUCAUCCCCGCAGGCGAAGAUGGCGCUAACGUGCCCUUUAAUGCCUCCCGUGUGGCCUACCAUCAGGAUGUGGCAGCGAAGCUACACCAAGCAACGCUGGAUGUCAUCACAGGCCGAGAAGAGUGGGCAGAGGUGGUGGAUGUCGUCGAGCCAAGUUGGACGCACGGCGUGGGAGCUGCAGAGCCCUGGGUCAACGGCGCGGAUGGCAAUCCGGCAAACCAUCCGCGGGCUAUUGGACAUGUCCAGAUCGCAAACAUGCUGUACAAUAGGUUGCAGGGAGAAUCGGGGAAGAAGUUGAAACGGAGGACCAGAAGGUAAC